AUGGCGUUUACACGCCUUCUCAAGGCUGUCGCCGCCUUCACACUCGUUUCCUCCAUUCAAUCAGUCUCAGCCGGUAGCUCCAGUAGCAGCUCAGUCUGCGCAACUUCGUCAAAAUGCAUUCCAUUCACUAUUGACCUUACUUGGGCGCCGACCGACCCGAGCAAAGGCAUCUCCAGAAAUGCCAUCCUUACCAACGGCUCUCUGCCUGGUCCCCCCUUGAAAAUGAAGGUUGGGGACUGCGUGGACUUUGUCGUCAACAACAACAUGCCUAAUGUCACAGGCAUCCACUUCCACGGUAUUCGUCAAAAUGGCACACCAUGGGCGGAUGGUGUGCCGGGUGUUAGUCAAUAUUCCAUUCAACCAGGAACAAGUUACAUGUACCAAUGGACCGCGGUUGAGUCGGGCAACUACUUCUAUCACGCGCACUACAAGGGACAAAUGAUGGACGGUCUCUACGGCGCCAUCAUCAUUGCUCCUGCUAAUGAUGCCAAGACUCCAUUCAGCCAGAUCAGCAGCACCGAUGUGGAUGCCUUGACUGCAGCUGCGCUGGAUGUUGAGCCUGUCUUCGUCACCGACUGGAACCGAUAUACCUUUGCUGAGUUCUUCGAGGUUGAACAGACUGCCAACAUCGACUGGGCCUGCAGUGACUCCAUUACCUUGAACGGUUUCGGUUCACAGUACUGCCCAUCAAUUGCAGACUUGACUGCCGCUGCGGCACCUCAGGAGCCCCAAGUCCUGAACGGCUCUUCUCUCACAGCUAAGGGCUGUGCUCCUCCAAACAAUGCUGCGAUUCAAGGCGGCCAGUAUCUGGCACUGCAGAAUCUUGCCGCUCUGCCCGCUGAUGCUUACAGCACCUGCAUCGGAUACGGUGGUUCCAACUUCACCUAUUCGGUUGACCCCAGCAGUGGAUGGGCUGCCAUGACCUUCAUCAGCCCUGCAGGUGUCGCGUUGGUCAGGGUCACCAUUGACAGCCACAAGUUGUAUGUGUACGAGGUCAACGGCAAUUACAUCGUUCCUCAGGUCGUCGACCAGUUCAGUCUCAGCAACGGUGAUCGUAUUUCAUUCUUUGUCAAACUCGACCAGACUCCAGGUGACUACACCAUCCGUGUUGCCAACGAAGGUAUCAACCAGGUUAUCUCGGGCUUUGGUGUCCUGUCCUACAAGGGUGGCAAUGACGUACCAAUGGGAGUGUCCGUCAUGAACUAUGGUGGUCAGAACACUACUGCCAUUGUUCCCCUGAACAACGCUCUAGCUGCACCUUUCCCCGCAAACACCCCGGCACCAAGCGCGGAUGUCAGCUUCAUCCUGGAUAUCAAGAAGUCUCCCAUCCAGACUACUGAGGCCUGGGCCUGGACUCUCUCGGGCACUGACUCGUACAACAUGAGCAGCGAUGACGAAGUCCCGCCUCUUUUGUUCCAGAACCCCUCGAGUAUUCCCACCAGCGACUUGAUCUUGGAAACCCAGUCGAACCAGUGGGUUGACCUGAUCAUCAAGGUUGCGGGACCUGUUGCUGAGCCCCAUCCUAUCCACAAGCACGCCAACAAAUUCUACAUGAUUGGUGCUGGUGUGGGCGACUUCAACUUCACCAACGUCGCGGAUGCUAUCACUGCAGGAUACCCGUUCAACUUAGUCAACCCUCCGUAUGUUGACGGCUUCACCAGCAUCCCCGCCGAGGGCAACAACACCUGGAUGGUCUUCCGCUACGAAGUCAACACUCCGGGCGCAUGGCUUCUGCACUGCCACGUCCAAUCCCACUUCUCCGGUGGUAUGGCCGUCGCUAUUCUUGACGCCGUCGACCAGUUCCCUACUCCGCCUUCGGACGUUGGCAAGGUCUGCCCAGGUUCGGGCACAAGCACCUACGCCGGAGGAAACGGUACCUCGGGAACCCAGGUCCAAAACGAGGGAUCUAGCACUACCAGCAAUGUUUCUACAUCCUCCUUCACCGGUGCUGCCUCGUCGGUGAUGGUGUCGACUGGCACCGCCGCUCUUGGUCUUCUUGCUCUCGCUUUGGCUCUGUGA